AUGUUCCACACUCCUUUGACCUUCACCAAAGCGGCCGAGACCUGCUAUCGAAACGGCGGCACCCUCGCCAUGCCCCGAGACGCCCUGGCCAACCUUCUUUUGAGCGGAGCCCAUCGUUACAAUUACUGGAUAGGGCUGCACGACCAGCGCCGGGAGGGGUUCUUCGAGUGGAUAGACGGCACCCCUCUAGGGGCCUUCAUGAUCACCCUGUGGGGUUCCGGGCAGCCUGACGACAGGAAUCACGAAAAUUGCGUCCAGUUUGUUCACAACCCCGACAGAGCAGAGUACUUCUGGAACGACCUGCAUUGCUUUCGCAUGCUUCCCUUCAUGUGCCAAGUCAUCCCAG